AUGCACCUCGAGAUGCAGCUUUGUAAAAGAAAAAAAAGGAAAGAUUCAAAAGCCGGGCACUCUUACCUAAAAGCUGAUUGGACGAUCGGUCGGCGUUGUGUCUCAUUAACCGCGGUGGUGCGUAUCUUCGACGAGCAACGUUCAGUUGACGACGCUCCUCGUGCGAGAAUCAACUUGACGCGUGAACGCGGCUUUACGACGGCGAGCAGGCCGGUCAGGCGAGAGGGGUGCGCUCGCGCACGCAUUCGGGUCUCGCUGCAACAAAGGUGUGGUAGUCGCUCCGUUUUACGUGCUAGGUGCUACGCUGUGCGCGCGCUGCCCCUCGGUGUAGCAAGUACAUUCUACAUAUUUCUUACUAUAAGGUUACGGCAGCCAUACCUCGUCUCGUCAUCGGUUCCAUCUUUUUCCGGUUACGGUGCGACAUAUGUGAGAAUGAAACAAAUCGUAACGAACCAAACUGUUAAAAUCCCAGAGGGAUUGACUGUUACGGUCAAGUCCCGCCUGGUAACGGUGAAAGGACCAAGGGGUGUUUUGAAACGAUCAUUCAAACAUCUUGCCCUGGAUAUUCGUAUGGUCAGUCCACGAUUAUUGAAGGUAGAAAAAUGGUUUGGCACCAAGAAGGAAUUGGCUGCGGUUCGUACCGUGUGCUCUCAUAUUGAGAACAUGCUCAAAGGAGUAACAAAGGGCUAUCAAUAUAAAAUGCGUGCCGUCUAUGCCCAUUUCCCUAUUAACUGUGUAACUACGGAGAACAACACGGUGAUAGAAAUCCGUAAUUUCUUGGGUGAGAAAUACAUACGACGAGUUAAAAUGGCACCUGGUGUCACAGUCGUAAAUUCAGCUAAGCAGAAAGACGAACUAAUCAUAGAAGGAAAUUCUCUGGAAGAUGUAUCCCGUUCCGCCGCCCUUAUUCAGCAAUCAACCACAGUGAAGAACAAGGAUAUCAGAAAGUUCUUGGACGGACUUUAUGUCUCUGAAAAAACAACUGUUGUACAAGACGAUGAAUAAAUUCGUGAAUUAAUAUGAAUUUUUAUUA